AAGUCACUUGCAAUUAUUUAUAGGUGCUGUUGGUAAGCAGUAGCCGAUAUCCAGAUCAGUGGAUUGUACCGGGUGGAGGAAUGGAACCAGAAGAAGAGCCAGGGGGAGCAGCUGUGAGAGAGGUGUAUGAAGAGGCUGGAGUAAAGGGAAAGCUAGGCAGACUACUUGGGAUAUUUGAGCAGAACCAGGAUCGGAAGCAUAGGACGUACGUUUAUGUUCUUACUGUGACAGAAAUACUGGAAGACUGGGAGGAUUCAGUUAAUAUAGGAAGGAAAAGAGAAUGGUUUAAAGUAGAAGAUGCAAUCAAGGUCCUUCAGUGUCACAAGCCUGUUCAUGCAGAAUACUUGGAAAAACUGAAACUGAGCUGUUCACCCACUAAUGGAAACUCUGUGGUUCCCCCUCUUCCAGACAAUAACUCCUUAUAUGUCACUUCUGCACAGACUUCUGGGUUGCCCUCUACUGUGAGAUAAACAUUUGGAUUACCUUUUUAUCCGUGUCAUCACAACAGGAGACAUCUGUGAUCACAUGUAGGCAUCUGUAUAACUGUCAAUUCUAAGUGAAAUAUGUGAAUGUGUCAUAAUGUCAAAUUUAUUUGAACAUGUUUUUCUUUUAACAAUGUAAAGUAGUAUUUCAGCAAACCAAAGCCAUAUAGGGAGUUUUUAAAGAUGCCUUAAUAGGCCAUUAAAAACAAAACUUGACUAUAUAAAUUUAUAAAUUUCCAUAUCUGCUAAAAUAAAAUAUGCAUCUCAGUGGUGUUCAGCUUAUUUAAAACUUGUGAGUUUUUGUCAGUAGUUAAAGCUUGAGCAAAUAGUCUUAUACUAAACUCUUACUUGGUAUCCACAGAUGAAAGUGCUAAGACCUUAAGCUGGCAGUAUUUGGGUUAAAUGGAUGUGUUGAAGGCAGAGAUGCACAAGGGUGACUACAAUAAAGCACUAAACCACAUUCAGGCCUGUCAAGAGCAAAGGAUACCAACACUGCUUGCCUCAAUUAUCCAAAAGGUUGCCUUGUCCUAUGCAAUCUUCAUGUAACAUAUAACUAGGGCAAGAACAAUAACUUUGUCUUGCAGCUACCAAAACUGUCCACUAGACUUCUGUUUCAUCACUCGGUCAGCUGGUGAACUGUCAGAAGAAUUGUGUGAAAAGCAUUGUAGAUCCUUCUUCCUCUCUUAUUUUUUUUUUUCCUUUUAACCUUAAUAAGUGUUUUGUUCCUGCAGUGUGUUGCAAUUUAAAAAUGUUUGGAGGAAAGUAAGGCUUAACCAGGGGCACCCUUAGGUUGCAGAGGUGUCCAUUAGCAAGUUUGUGUUGAGGUGCCUUGCCCUGCAGGAGCCAGUAGUGCUGCCUCCAGUGCUUGGGAACCUACUACACCAGUACAGAAAUAAUACUCCUUGGUCAUAUUAGAAAGAGUGCUGAAACCCCCAAUUUUAAGUUAAUUCUUAAAUCCUUCAGUUCUACUGUUUUAACAUCAAUUAUUUUAGCUUCUUCAAAUAAAAGCUGGCCUCUUGGUAAAAAUAUAGUUGGAAUAAAUGAGGUACAGCUGAUGACCUCCCUGUUCUAAUUAUUUCUCCUGCUUUUCAUUCAAGAAGAUGAAAACGAAAUCUACUGUUGGUCUUAAAGUUUUUACCAUAGGAUUACUCUCUCUGUAUGUGUGUGUGCAUGGUUUCUUCUACAAGAACACAAUCUAAUUCACAUGAACAUCCUACUUCUGUAUUUUUUCUAGGAUCUAAACCCACCUGUACCUCCUUUAUAUCCAGCCAAAACAGGUAGAGGUAGACUACUACCUCACGUGUGAAGUUUAUUCUGGGAAAAGCUCAUUCUCUUAUACAACAUUUGAACCUUUGUAAAUAGUCCAACUAGUAAAUAGUGAGUGUAAAAUGGAAAAUAAAUGUAAUUUAAACCUUUUGUUACUCAAUACACAAAUGGUUAACUUCUACUUUUUUAACACAAAUUGUGUAAAAUGCUGCUAUGAAUUUUUUUGUGCUGUUACACUUUUUUAGGGAAAAAAAAUGUUGCCACAAGUUACUCUUAGAAAAACAAUCUUGUGCCAUAUGUAAAUGCAGUGAGACUAGGGAGACAGAUGAUCUGCUGCUCUCUUUGAAGAGGCAUAAAUACUACUGAGAAGAGGUGUGAGCCACAAAGCUGAAGACUUCUGGAAGAGUGGGUAGGACUCUGCUUUCCAUCCCUCUUAGCUCCUAGUCCAGGUCACUUCCAGAACUGGAAAGAACACACAAGUGUUCAGGUGCAUGUAAAGGUGGAAGUAUUGCCAACAACUUACCCAUCCUUUCAGCUGUGAGGUGGGAGGCCAGGGAAGGAAGGAGCACUGCUCUUUCAGUCAUGCACACAUGGGUACACCUAUUUGACACUGAACCUGUUCCAGACUGGGACACCAUUUGCUCAGCUCUCUACUUUAAACUCUUUUGCUUGGUGAAACAGGAGAAGAUGAGUUUGAGCACAAUGAAUGUCUGAUCUUUGUUAAAAUCAUACUCAUGGUGUGGAAGGGUACCUCUGGCUCCAAAGCUGCCUUUUAAAGAAUGAAUCAUGUAGCUCCCUUUUUUGAUCACUUUACUGCUCAUUUUUUUUUGUUCAGUAGUUAUUUUAACAUUUAAAUUGAACAAAUUUGUAUAGGUUUUCUUGUAACAAGAUUAUAUCAAAUCCAUGAAAGCUAAAACAGAAUCCAGACUUGAGUUUUUAUUCAUUUAAAAAAAACCCGCUGUCUCCAUUUCAAAUUCUUGGAAUGAAAUCAAUCCAAGCUUGUAUGAAAUUUAGUGGUAAUGCAUGAUCUUAUUUUGUAACUCUUGAAUUAUGUAUUUGAUAACAAUGUAAAAUGUACAGUAUUACUGUUGCUAACAAACUCAGAGUUGAUUGCCUAUAAAUAUUUUUGGUCACACACAUUUGAGCUGUUCAGUAGUGCCAGACAGAUUUUAUUUUAUUUUUUUUUAAAUGGCAUUUGUUGUAUAAAUCUCUUCAGUCUCUAUGCAACCUUCAGAAUGAAGCUCUAUUGCUUUGACUCCCUUUCAAAAAGAAAUGUUUAGUGAAUCGCAGCUAUAAACUGAAGACACUUCAGUUUUGCUACAGGGAAGAACUGUAGUAAAGGGACAGCAGUGUGGCUUCAGUACUAAUGAAACCUGACACUAAACUCCAACAGCAAGAGUUGUAAAAAUGGGAAUACAAAGGCUACAAUUUUUUCUACUACCUAUGAAUUUUAAUGUUAGAAGCAUUUUGUUUUUACAUGAAUCUCUAGUUCGAUGAGCCAAACCUAUUUCAAACAAAGCAAAUUGGGAUUUUUCUCACGCCAAAAAUUCUGUACAAUGUAUCCAGAUUUGGUUCUCCAGAGGAAAAUGGGAAGAGACAGGUUGUCAUCUGCAAUUGUCAGAGUCUAGUUUAUACUGCUGCUUUUCCUAGCUGAUAGGUUUUGAGAUUCUCAUGAGUUACAUUAUGGUGGUAUCAAAGGAAAAAGAGCCUUAAAAUCAUUUUAAAAUCUCAUGGAGCCAGAAUUAAGCAAAAUUGAUGUGUUUUUAAACACAAGAAAUCCUGAGGUAUUGCAGAGAGGCUGUUCAAGUGAAAAAUCUUAUUUUGGUGCUUACUGCACCCCUGACUUAGCCUAGCAUUGUUCUGUUAACAAUGUGCUGUGAAAAGAAACAUGAGGGGCAGACACUUGGUUUACUUACCAGCAUGAUUUGUGAAGUGAAAACUGAAAGGAAGGGGGGUGGGAAGGGAAUUAAGUUGUAAACAUUUUGACCUGCUUGCAUGGAUUUUCUUUCAAGAUUGAUGUAAGAAUUUUGACUUUUUAUAUUUGAGAAAUACCAGAAUAAAAUCUAAAUUAGUCCUGUGGA